CGCACCCGGAAACCGGAACAGCGUGGAAGAUGGCGACGCGGCCGAGCGGCGGCGACGAACAGCGUUCCAACAUGGACAGCUCGACCGAGGGGACGUGGGCCACUUUACCGGUUAAACUCACCGACGGGAUUUUACAGACGCUCCACGAAGUGAACUUCACGCACAUGACACCUGUCCAGUCGGCUUGUAUUCCGCUCUUCAUGAGCAACAAAGAUGUGGCUGCUGAGGCGGUGACCGGCAGCGGAAAGACGCUCGCCUUCGUCAUUCCCAUCAUAGAGCUGCUCCUGAGGAGAGAAGAGAAGCUGAAGAAGAUGCAGGUCGGUGCGCUGGUGAUCACCCCCACAAGAGAACUGGCCCUUCAGAUCAGCGAAGUGAUGGCGCUGUUCACUCAGAAGUUUCCACAGUUUACGCAGAUUUUGCUGAUCGGUGGCACCAACCCGAUAGACGACGUGGACAAGUUCAAGGAUAAAGGGGCCAACAUUGUGAUUGCGACACCAGGCCGCCUGGAGGACAUGUUCAGGAGGAAGGCGGAGGGUCUGGACCUGGCCAGCGCAGUCAAGAGUCUGGACGUGCUGGUUCUGGACGAGGCCGACCGGCUGCUGGAGAUGGGCUUCGAGGCCAGUCUGAACACCAUCUUGGGCCACCUGCCGAAACAGAGACGGACGGGCUUGUUUUCGGCCACUCAGACUCAGGAGCUGGAGAAGCUGGUGCGCGCCGGCCUCAGGAACCCGGUGCGCAUCGCGGUGAAGGAGAAGGGCGUGGAGGAGAGCGCCGUGGCCCAGAAGACGCCGUCCAGGCUCUGCAACUACUACACCAUUUGCAGAACAGAGAACAAGUUCAACAACCUGGUGGCGUUCCUCAGGCAACACAAGCUCGAGAAGCACCUGAUCUUCUUCAGUACGUGUGCAUGUGUGGAGUACUACGGGCGCGCUCUGGAGACGCUGGUCAAGAAGGUCACCGUCCACUGCAUCCACGGCAAGAUGAAGCACAAGCGCAACAAGAUCUUUGCCGACUUUCGGGCCCUGAAAAAUGGGAUCUUGGUGUGUACGGACGUGAUGGCCCGAGGGAUCGAUAUCCCCGAUGUCAACUGGGUGCUGCAGUAUGAUCCUCCCAGCAGUGCCUGUGCGUUUGUGCAUCGAUGCGGACGCACUGCUCGUAUCGGUAACCAGGGCAACGCCCUCGUCUUCCUGCUGCCGAUGGAGGAGUCCUACGUCAACUUCCUGUGCAUCAACCAGAAAUGCCCCCUCCAGAAGAUGGUCCUCACGGGGGAGGUGGUGGACGUGCUGCCCAAAGUGAAGGCCCUGGCUCUGGCCGACCGGGCCAUGUUUGACCGAGGCAUGAGAGCCUUCGUGUCGUACGUCCAGGCCUACGCCAAACACGAGUGCAGCCUCAUCUUCAGGCUCAAAGAUCUGAACUUGGCGCACCUGGCCCGCGGCUUCGCCCUCCUCCGCAUGCCGAAGAUGCCGGAGCUGAAGGACAAGACGUUCCCCGGCUUCACCCGGACGCCGAUGGACACGGACACCAUCCGCUACAAGGACAAGCACCGGGAGAAGCAGCGGCAGAAGAUGCUGGCGGAGCUGAAGGAGAAGGUGAAGACGCCCUUCGUCAAGAGGGACUACAUCAAGAACAAGUCCUGGUCCAAGCAGACCACCAAGAAGGAACGCAGGAAGAAGAGGUCCGCCAAGAGGAAGCUCGAAGAGGGCUCCGACGUGGAGGACGAAGACAUGCAGGAGCUUUUAAAUGACACUCGCCUCCUCAAGAGGCUGAAGAAGGGGAAGAUCAGCGAGGAGGAUUUCGAGAAGCAGAUGGCGAGCGAGACGGAGACCCAACACGGCGCCACCGGCAAACCGAUCAAUUAAAACCCUCUGGACGUUUGUGAGAAAUUGAUUUUUAUUUUUUGUUUUUAAUUGAGUUAUAAAUAAAGCUUGAUGAGCUCGUCGCUGACGGCGGACGGCGUGAGGACCCCGAGGUCUGUGAAGAGGAGGGUGAUGAGGGACGGCGGCGUGUAGUCGAUAAUCGGGUGCUCCUCCGACAGGUUGGCGCCGGUUUUCAGGGUGUCGGCUUUGUACUGCGGAGGGCGCCAGAGAGAGAACGUCAGAAAAGGAAGAAAAAACACAACCAGUGAAUCCUCCCGUCGCCGUGGUUACCUUGAACCGGUCGGGCACGUCCUGCUGGUUGAGCGGAUACAGGCGGACGAACUUGAAACUCUCGGCCACGACGUAGAACGGCUUGUUGUGAGCUUUGGCGCACACGGCCGUCUGAUACGUGCCGAUCUGCAAAAGGUCAAAGGUCAAACCGUUAGCUCAUUUCUGGUGUGAUGGUCUUUAUUCACUUUUGUUCGUAACAUUUUCAACACGUUGCAAAACGCCUCAAAAGUCAUUUUAAGUCUAAUUUUCUGCCCAAAAAGAUCUGUCGUUGUGUGAGAUGAUUUCAACUCGUUUGUAUUUUCUUGAAUAAAGCGAUGUGAUUUCUCAUUUUA